AUGAUACCGCGCCCUGAAUUCUUCCUUGUCCGACCUGACACUGAGAUUUUGCGCAAUGACACCGGAGCAAUUCAAAGGGAACAAGGUCCCAUGGUACCCUUGAUUGCCGUCGACGAGCUCCCCGACUGGAUCGACAUCGGCCUACCUCGGGAGCUGACGGUCGAGCAGACCAUGGGGCUCUACAACCUCGGUAUGGUUUCGCACAACGGAGACACCUAUAGGGUGCGGAUCAUCGAGCCUAAUUCCCAAGAGGAAUUCGUGUGGAAGAGAGCCGGAGAAUCAUCCAAAGCCACCUUGGUCUCAAGCGGUGUAUGCGCUCCUCCUAGACAGCGGACUAUGGCUCAUCCAGAGCAGCAGUCACAGCGAGUUCCGUAUCACUCAUCGACUGCUUCUACCGGACGUGAUCCCCGUUCGAUCCAUUACCCUUCCGCUGCGGAGCCUUGUACGCAUCCUGCUCAUCCCAACGUGGCGGCGGCAAGCUCGAAUCCCAACAGGUUGACCCGUGCUAAAGACGAGCAUUCAGUUCGCUGGGCCGACUUGGUCGAAAGGAGCAUGGCCCGAGACACCGAAGCAGCACAUGGUCCCCGUCGUCAUUCCACCCUCCUCGCUCCUCCCCCUUCUCCCCAAAUUCCACCACAUAGUCAUCCGACCGUCCACCGAGAUGCUAUGACCCCGGAUCGCAGGGCAAGCAUUCCUCACAGCAUACUAGCUGCACCACCCCAUACCACCAACACCAACGUCAACAUCGAUACCGCAACACCUACCACUAACACCGCCCCAGUAUCUGCUGCCAACCCUGCCAAUCCUGGUGAAUACUGUCGUCACUGGUGCCAACACGGCACCUGCAAAUGGGGCACCUUCUGCCGUCACAAGCACGCCAUGCCCACCACGCUUGAGGGUCUCCUAGAAGUUGGACUAUUUGAGAUUCCCGCUUGGUGGAUUUCUGCCACUGGGAUUGGGAUGUCUAGCAACAAGACGAAGCAAAAUGCUGCCGCUGCUGUUGCUGCAUCUCCCACUAAUCCCGCUUGCGGCAACGGCGGUGGUACUAGUGGUGCUGGUAGUGGCGCUCCCCCUCCUCCCAUCUCUUGCACCCCCAUGACCCACGGUCACAACAACCUCCAUCAUCACAUGCUCCCCGCCAUUAUGGGGACAGGAGCAGGAGUCGGAGUAGGAGCAUCAUCAGCAAAGAAACUCUCUAACCGCAAACUCAAAGCCCAACAACGAGAAUUCAACCAACGCCUCCGUCUGCUUUCCUCCAUGUUGAUCCCACCCGGCUACGGCGGACCGCUUCGUCAUCCUGCUGAUGCAUUGUUGAUGCAUGGGAUGUCUGGAAUGCCUGGAUAUGGCAGUAGUGCGGCGCCUGGUCCUGGCCAACAUCAGCUGCUGCAACAACAGAUUCAACAAAUUCAACAGCAUCAGCACCAGCAGCAAAAAUUUGAGCGCGAACGCGAACGUGAACGCAAGGGAGAAAAGACUCCGCUGGAUAGAAGUCACAAGAAUGUCAAGGUUACGUUCAAUGAAGAUGGGACGGUGAGUCUUGUUACUGCUGGUGGUGGUUCCGCUGCCGCUGGUCAGGGUCAGGGACAGGCUGGUUCUGCUUCCACUUCCGGUCCUGCUGGUGUUGCUGCCGGUGCUUCAUCGACAGAUGUAUCGAGUAGUACUACUGAGACGGGGAAGCCUUCUGCUUCUGCUGGCGAUGGUGGUGGAGCGACUGACGAAACGGAUAGGAGAAGGGAGAAUGACACGAAGCCGGUAAAGGGCCUUGCAAACUCUAUGCAUGCUCCGAAGCAGCAGGAUCAGCAGGGACAGGUGGUAGUCACGAUUCCGCCGCCGGGCAACAACAUGAGCAAGAAGGCUACCUGUGAGGAUGAGAAUGAGGGCGGCGGGAACGGGGCUGGGAGUAGUGCGGUGCAGCAGCUGGCUGAUAUCGUUCCGCUGUUGGUUGAGAUCUAG